UGUCUCGUCUGCCUCGCGCUUAAAACAGUCGGACGUGUGAUCUGGCCUGUGAGGCGGCUCGCAGUGCUCUGCUUUAAGGAAGGAAGGAAGGGAGGAAGGAAGGAAGGAAAGAAAGAAAGAGGGUGAAAGAGGGUGAAAGGGUGAGCUGCAGGGAACAGGGUUCUCCAUCGUCCUGCGGAGCUGUCUGUCCAGACCAGGGACUGAGCUGCCUGCGUCUUGUGGAUUUAUCUCAGUGUGAAGGCGAGGGAAAGCUGAGUGGAGGGGCAGGAGUCUGCUUCCCCGCUCCAUCCCCCUGUCUGCGUGGAUGACCUGGGCUCCACUAGUCUAUACCUCAGCAACAUGAACAAGAUGAAGAACUUUAAGAGGCGGUUCUCUCUUUCUGUUCCUCGCACUGAGACCAUUGAGGAGAACGAGUUCACUGAGCAGAUAAACCAGUUCAACAUACGGCACGCUCAGGGCCUGACGCCAGACCGGCUGGGUCCUCCGUCUCAUGAUGCCAGUCCUUCGAGCCCUGAACCAACAACACCGGGAGCUCAAUCUCCGUCACACCUUCACUUCCACAGCAAGGCCCAGCACAGACGUUUCUCCAUGGAGGAUGUCAGUAAGCGCAUGUCGUUGCCCAUGGACAUCCGUCUGCCUCCGGAGUUUCUCAAGAAACUUCAGCUGGAGAGUGACAGCUCACCGCUCUGCAAACCUCUCAGUCGCAUGUCCCGACGUGCUUCACUGUCUGACAUAGGUUUUGGGAAACUGGAGACAUACGUGAAGCUUGGCAAACUGGGUGAGGGGACAUAUGCCACGGUGUUCAAAGGGCGAAGCAAACUUACAGAGAACCUGGUGGCGUUAAAGGAGAUUCGGCUGGAGCACGAGGAGGGAGCACCUUGCACUGCUAUCAGAGAAGUGUCUCUACUGAAGAACCUGAAACACGCCAACAUCGUCACGCUGCACGACAUCAUUCACACGGAACGCUGCCUCACUCUGGUGUUUGAGUAUCUCGACAGUGACCUUAAACAGUAUUUGGACAACUGCGGGAAUCUCAUGAGCAUGCACAACGUCAAGAUCUUCAUGUUCCAGCUGCUGCGUGGUCUGUCCUACUGUCACACCAGGAAGAUCCUCCACAGAGACCUAAAGCCUCAGAACCUCCUCAUCAAUGACACGGGCGAGCUCAAACUGGCCGACUUUGGUCUGGCAAGGGCUAAGUCUGUCCCCACUAAGACCUACUCCAACGAGGUGGUCACUCUUUGGUAUCGACCCCCUGACGUGCUGCUGGGCUCAACAGAAUACUCCACACCCAUCGACAUGUGGGGCGUGGGUUGUAUCCUGAAUGAGAUGGCAACCGGUCAUCCUAUGUUUCCUGGUGCGACAGUGAAGGAGGAGCUGCACUUAAUUUUUAGGCUUUUGGGCACUCCAACAGAAGAGACUUGGCCCGGGAUCACUAGUAAUGAAGAGUUUAGGUCUUACCUCUUUCCUCAAUACAGACCUCAAGCUCUCAUCAACCACGUGCCAAGGUUGGACACAGAGGGGAUUGACCUUCUGUCUGCUCUGCUCCUGUAUGACACCAAGAGCAGAAUCUCCGCGGAAGCCGCUCUACAUCACCCCUACUUCCUGAGUCUGGGAAAUAACAUACACAAUUUGGCAGACACUGCUUCAGUGUUUUCCCUCAGAGAGCUCCAGCUCCAGAAGGACCCAGGCCACCGCAGCUCAGUGUUUCAGCCUUUAGGUCGAGGAAAAAACCGAAGACAAAGCAUCUUCUAGUCCCGGAGGAGGAACGGAGACCCAGAGACGAGACCUCCGCGCAAAGGCCAACGCAGCUCAGCACAUUCACAACCAUUCACACCUGUGUGCACACACCUGCAUGCGCACACACACUCCUGUGCACUCACUUAUUUCCAAGGCAGCUGACCACGGAGACAAAGCGUUUCUGGAAAUCAACUUGCACUGCACUUGAAAUGACUGGGCUGAAACACACGCUCCCUCCACACACACACAGAGUAAAUAUUUGCACACAUUUGCACAAUCAGCGACACUGAACAUGCUGCCGUUGCUUACGUAGUUGCACACACACACACACACACACCAGAGAUUUAUAAGUAUCCUGCUGACACACACACACACACACACACACACACACACACUCUUCAACCUAAAUGUCAACCAUUAGGCCCCUAAAUAAAGCUGCUUUGCUGCUCUGUUAUAGUGUACACAUAUACGCAAGCUUGCAUAAUUUCCAUUCAGAGCGCACCCAGGGCUCUAGCCGUUUAAGGUAGCUAUCACAUCUGGAGCCAUCAUACAGUUGCAGGUGUACAGAUGUUUAGGGUUGUAGUGUGAGUGGUCAGUCCAGUAUAAGUGAAGUCUAAUGAGGUGAACUUGUUUCCAAAAUUUGCUAAAUGUUUGUCAGACUAAAGGUGAGGCUUGCUCAAAAUGUAGCUUAAAGAUACACAGAUUUUGUUACAGUAGCAUCCAGUGGCACCUCCAACUUGUAAAAUUCAGCUCAACAUUUAAAAAAGGCUGAGCUAUAAGUAAGUAAAUACAUAAAAAUAUAAAUUCCCCAAAAACGCCCCUAAUGACCAUUCAAAUUUAUAACCAGAAACCAAAGAGAAGUUUCUUUUUAUUAUUUUAUUCUGUGUUUUUUCUUCUUCAGUUAACUGUGAAUUUGCGCUUUUAUGUCAGUUUUAUUUUCAGAGCAUGAAAGUCUAAAUAGGGAUUUGAAGCUCUCAAGAGCUUAUCACAAGGAGUGAGUGCUGCAGAUUUAAUUUAUUUAUAAUUGUUUGAUAAUUAGUAGUCACAUUUAAACAUCUUAAAUCUAAAAAUACCAGCUUAUUAAAGGAAAAGUCCCCCCUGGUUGCUAAAACCUCUAAAUUCACAGAAAGAAAAGCGGUAAUGGCGGCUUAAGCCUUGUGGGUUAAUAAGCACUUGCUAAAUAACUAAAGAGUUUGAGCAUUUAAACUAUUUGUCGUUGCUGUCGGGCAUAAACCUUGUAUCUAUAUAUUUUUUCCAUUUUAAUUUAUUUUCAUAAAUCAAUGCAAUUGGUUGCCCUUUAUGUCAGUCUUUGGGUUUUAGAAA